AUGCCUACCGUCCGUGACGUUACCGCCGAGGCCUUCAUCGCCGCCUACUCGUCGCACCUCAAGCGCUCCGGCAAGCUCGAGGUCCCCGUCUGGGUUGACGUUGUCAAGACCGGCACCGGCAAGGAGCUCGCUCCCUACGACCAGGACUGGUACUACGUCCGCGCCGCCGCGGUCGCCCGCCACAUCUACCUCCGCAAGCACGUCGGUGUCGGCGCCCUCCAGAAGCUCCACGGUGGUUCGGUUAACAGAGGAAACCGCCCUAGUCUGCACCGUGAUGGCUCAGGCUCCGUCGAGCGCAAGAUCCUCCAGUCCCUCGAGAAGAUCGGUGUUCUUGAGAAGGACACCGCUCGUGGCGGCCGCCGCAUCUCGGUUGACGGCCAGCGCGACCUCGACCGCAUCGCUACCGCGGUCCUCGAGGAGCAGCGCUCGGAGAACGACGACGAGGAGUCCGCCUGA